ACUUCUGAAAUUUUUUUAAGGAAAUGGACCGAGGGAGAAGAUUUGACUUUCUUCUUCAACAAACUGAAAUUUUUUCACAUUUUAUGACAAGUGGUACUAGUGGUAAUAAUGGAGAUUCUCCAUUGAAAUUGAAACCUGGGAGACCGAAAUUGAAGAAAAAUGAUGAAAAAGCUAAACUUUCAGCAAUGGGAGAUCAUCGACAUCGAAUGACUGAGCAAGAAGAAGAUGAAGAAUUACUUUCCGAAAGUCGUAAAAAUCUUAUGUUAGUGACUCGUUUUGAAGAAUCCCCAUCAUAUAUAAAAAAUGGUGAACUUAGAGAUUACCAAGUUCGAGGAUUAAAUUGGAUGAUCUCUUUGUAUGAACAUGGAAUUAAUGGCAUAUUAGCUGAUGAGAUGGGUUUAGGUAAAACAUUACAAACAAUAUCUUUAUUGGGUUAUAUGAAACAUUAUCGUAACACUCCUGGUCCUCAUAUGGUUAUUGUGCCCAAAUCUACUUUAAGUAAUUGGGCAAAUGAAUUUACACGAUGGUGUCCAUCUUUAAAAGCUGUUUGCUUUAUUGGUGAUCAGGAAAAAAGAGCCAUAUUUAUUAGAGAUACUUUAAUGCCUGGUGAAUGGGAUGUUUGUGUGACAUCCUAUGAAAUGGUUAUUAGAGAAAAAGCAGUAUUGAAGAAAUUUAAUUGGAGAUAUCUAGUUAUUGAUGAAGCUCAUCGUAUUAAAAAUGAAAAAUCCAAGCUUUCUGAAAUAGUUAGAGAAUUUAAAUCAACCAACAGACUGUUAUUAACUGGUACUCCACUGCAAAACAAUCUUCAUGAAUUGUGGGCCUUAUUAAAUUUUUUGUUACCAGAUGUGUUUAAUUCUUCUGAGGAUUUUGAUUCUUGGUUUAACACACACAACUGCUUAGGUGAUACUUCACUAGUUGAAAGAUUACAUGCUGUUUUGCGGCCAUUUUUAUUGAGGCGUUUAAAAUCUGAUGUCGAGAAAAAAUUAUUACCUAAAAAAGAAGUAAAGGUUUAUGUAGGUCUUAGUAAAAUGCAGAGAGAAUGGUACACAAAAAUUUUAAUGAAAGAUAUAGAUGUGGUAAAUGGUGCUGGAAAAGUAGACAAAAUGAGAUUAUUGAAUAUCUUGAUGCAGUUAAGGAAAUGCUGUAAUCAUCCAUAUCUUUUUGAUGGAGCUGAACCAGGUCCACCAUAUACAACUGAUGAACAUUUAGUUUAUAAUUGUGGCAAAAUGGUGAUCUUAGAUAAAUUGUUACCUAAACUUAAAGCCCAAGAUUCUAGAGUUCUUAUUUUUUCUCAAAUGACACGUAUGUUGGAUAUUUUAGAAGAUUUUUGUAUUUGGAGAGGAUAUCAAUAUUGUCGAUUGGAUGGUCAGACUCCUCAUGAAGAUCGUGAGAUUCAAAUUAAUGAAUUUAACAAACCAGGAAGUGAAAAAUUUUUAUUCAUGCUCAGUACACGUGCUGGAGGUCUUGGAAUAAACCUUGCUACUGCAGAUAUUGUUAUUCUUUUUGAUUCUGAUUGGAAUCCUCAAAUGGAUCUUCAAGCAAUGGAUCGAGCUCAUCGUAUUGGUCAAACAAAAGCUGUAAAAGUAUUUCGUUUAAUUACUGAAAAUACAGUGGAAGAAAGAAUUGUGGAAAGAGCAGAAAUUAAAUUGAGAUUAGAUACUGUUGUUAUUCAGCAAGGUCGUCUUGUGGAUGCUCAAGCUGCUAAAUUAGGGAAAGAGGAAAUGUUAGGAAUGAUUCGACAUGGUGCCGAUCACAUUUUUGCAUCCAAAGAAAGUGAAAUAACUGACGAAGAUAUAGAUGCUAUUUUACAACGAGGAGAGAGAAAAACAGAAGCUUUUAGAAAUCAACUGGAAAAAAUGGCAGAAAGUUCUCUUAAAAAUUUCACACUUGAUACAUCUGAUAGUGUUUACAGGUUUGAAGGAGAAGAUUACAGGGAGAAGCAAAAGACUUCUGGACUAGGUCAUUGGAUCGAACCUCCAAAACGAGAAAGAAAAGCUAACUAUGCAGUUGAUGCAUAUUUUAGGGAAGCUCUUCGUGUUAGUGAACCAAAGGCUCCUAAGGCUCCAAGACCACCAAAACAACCUAAUAUACAAGACUUUCAGUUUUUUCCUCCAAGACUUUUUGAAUUACUGGAUAAAGAAAUUUACUAUUAUAGAAAAACUAUUGGUUAUAAGGUUCCUAAAAAUAUAGAUCUUGGACCAGAUGCUGGUCGUAUACAAAAGGAAGAACAGCAGAAAAUUGAUGAAGCAGAACCACUUGUAGAAGAUGAAGUUGCAGAAAAAGAGAAAUUGCUUACAGAGGGUUUUACUAAUUGGACAAGAAGAGAUUUUAAUCAGUUUAUAAAAGCAAAUGAAAAAUAUGGGCGAGAUGAUAUUGAAAGCAUUGCUAGGGAAGUUGAAGGAAAAUCACCAGAAGAGGUUAUGGAAUACUCAGCUGUUUUUUGGGAAAGGUGUCAUGAAUUGCAAGAUAUUGAAAGGAUAAUGGCACAAAUUGAAAGGGGUGAAGCACGAAUCCAAAGAAGAGCAAGUAUUAAAAAGGCUCUUGAUGCAAAGAUGGCUAGAUAUCGUGCACCUUUUCAUCAGUUAAGAAUAGCAUAUGGCACAAACAAGGGAAAGAAUUAUACUGAAGAAGAGGACAGAUUUUUAGUCUGUAUGCUUCAUAAACUUGGAUUUGAUAAAGAAAAUGUUUAUGAUGAAUUAAGAGCAGCAAUUCGUCAGGCACCUCAAUUUCGAUUCGAUUGGUUCAUUAAAUCUAGAACAGCAGCAGAAUUGCAGAGACGAUGUAAUACAUUAAUAACUCUCAUUGAAAGAGAAAAUCAAGAAUUAGAAGAAAAAGAAAAAGCUGAAAGAAAGAAGAGAGGACCAAAACCAGGAAUUCCAAAAAGUACACAAAAAAGAAAAGCGGACGGUACUCCAGACGGAAGAGGAAGAAAGAAGAAAAAACAGCAAUAAAAUAUAUAUUUAUAAAUACAUAAAAUGAAGCAAAUGUAGAAAUUUGAUUUUGGUCUUCGAUACAAAAGCACAAAAUUUUUACAAUACUUAAAUCUACUUCGUAAAGAAACAAACUGAUAGCCUCAUAAGUCCGUGUGUAUUGUAGAUGUGCGUGUACGUGUGCAUGUAUAUAUAUCUAUAUAUAUAUUGAUCGAAUGUCUCUGUGAUGCAGUAGCACAAUUACCAUCAAAAUUAAUAGUAUCCAUUUGUGUCUUCUAUGUAUUCAUUCAUCUUUUUAUAUAGAAGGGCAGUGUUGGUGAUUUAUCAUUCAGUGUUAUAUUUCAUAUUAAAGUAAAAAUUGUCAUAUAACAAAAUGUAAUAAUAAAAAUGAUUUAAACCAGAUAUUAUGUAAAAUGAGAUAAUGGGAAAAAAAUAGUUAAGUCAAAGUAAGCUGCUUUGUGUAAAAAUAUUCUGGUUUAAAAAAUUUUUUUUGUCAAGAAUAAAGUAAAAAAUUAUUAAUUUUUUCAAAAUAAAUAACAAAAAAUAAAAAUUAUUGACUAAAGAAAAUAAAAAUUUUCAGCAUUCCACUUAAACAACAUCACCUAAUAAAUUAUUUUUGAAAUUACAUUUUUUUCAUGUGUGAUACAAAUUUUUAUUAAAUAAUAGUAAUAAUUCUAAAAAAAAAUUCAAAGCAAAUUUCCAAGAAUUUAAUAGUUUUCUACUCUGCAAUGUCAGUGUAC